AUGGCUCCAAGGUUUGAUUUUUCAGAUUUGUGGGCGAAGGAAACAAGGAGAGGAACACCAGUGGUGGUGAAAAUGGAGAACCCCAAUUACUCAAUCGUUGAAGUAGAGGAACCAGACGGUGCGUUUAGGCCAAUGGAGAAGCGUAGAGGCAAGAACGCUAAGCAAGUCACGUGGGUUCUGCUUCUCAAAGCUCACAAAGCUGUUGGCUUUCUCACUUGGCUAGCCACUGUCUUCUGGUCUCUCCUUGGCUCGGUCAAGAGACGGCUCAGUUUCACUCACCCACUGAGCUCUGAGAGACUUGGCAGAGACAGAUGGCUAUUCACAGCUAUCAAGGUCUUCUUAGCUGCUUCACUGUUGAUUCUUGGGUUUGAGUUAGUUGCUUGCUACAGAGGAUGGCAUUACUUCAAGAACCCUAGUCUUCACAUACCGACAAGCAAACUCGAGAUCCAGAGCUUGCUUCAUCUGCUCUAUGUUGGUUGGUUGAGGUUAAGAGCUGAUUAUAUAGCUCCUCCAAUCAAAACUCUCUCCAAGUUUUGUAUUGUCCUGUUCCUUGUACAGUCUGUGGAUCGUUUGAUUCUCUGCUUAGGCUGUUUCUGGAUUAAGUAUAAGAAGAUUAAGCCGAGAAUCAACGAAGAGCCUUUUCCAAAUGAUGAUGUUGAAGGAUUAGAAUCUCAGUAUCCAAUGGUUCUUGUUCAGAUUCCAAUGUGCAAUGAGAUAGAGGUCUAUGAGCAGUCUAUAUCUGCUGUGUGUCAACUUGACUGGCCAAGAGAUCGAAUGCUGAUUCAAGUUCUUGACGAUUCAGAUGAUGAAAGCAUCCAGCAGUUGAUUAGAGCUGAGGUUACUAAAUGGAGCCAAAAGGGUGUCAAUAUCAUUUACAGGCAUCGCUUGGUUAGAACUGGUUACAAAGCUGGUAACCUCAAAUCAGCAAUGAGCUGUGAUUACGUGGAAGCUUACGAGUUUGUUGCUAUUUUCGAUGCGGAUUUCCAACCGAACUCAGACUUCCUUAAACUAACUGUUCCACAUUUCAAGGAGAAGCCUGAGUUAGGUCUGGUUCAGGCUAGGUGGGCGUUUGUGAACAAAGACGAGAACUUGUUGACGCGUCUGCAAAACAUCAAUCUGUGUUUCCAUUUCGAGGUUGAGCAGCAGGUUAAUGGUGUGUUCUUGAAUUUCUUUGGUUUCAAUGGAACUGCUGGAGUGUGGAGAAUCAAAGCCCUUGAGGAAUCUGGAGGUUGGCUUGAGAGGACGACCGUUGAGGAUAUGGACAUCGCUGUCCGAGCUCAUCUCCAUGGAUGGAAAUUCAUAUAUCUUAACGAUGUCAAGGUUCUUUGUGAAGUUCCUGAGUCAUAUGAAGCAUACAAGAAGCAGCAACACCGAUGGCACUCAGGACCAAUGCAGCUAUUUCGCUUGUGUCUUCGAGCGAUCUUGACCUCUAAGAUUGCAAUGUGGAAGAAAGCAAAUCUGAUACUUUUGUUCUUCCUUCUAAGGAAACUCAUACUUCCUUUCUACUCCUUCACACUCUUCUGCGUAAUCUUACCAAUCACCAUGUUCGUUCCAGAAGCUGAGCUUCCUGUUUGGGUUAUCUGCUACGUGCCGAUAUUCAUGUCAUUCCUCAACAUUCUUCCAGCUCCAAAGUCUUUCCCUUUCAUGAUUCCUUACCUCUUGUUUGAGAACACAAUGUCAGUCACUAAGUUCAACGCCAUGGUCUCUGGAUUGUUCCAACUCGGUAGCUCUUACGAAUGGAUUGUAACAAAGAAAGCAGGAAAAUCCUCGGAGUCUGAUCUUUGUUCUCUCACCGAUAAAGAAUCCAAGAAGAUGAUGCCACCAAACCAAAUGGUAAGAGGAGUUUCAGAGAGUGAGCUCUUGGAGAUAAGCCAGGUUGAGGAGCAGAAGAAGAAACCGGUUUCCGUGAAGAAGAAAACCAAUAAGAUAUUCCACAAAGAGCUCGCAUUGGCUUUUCUUUUGCUCACUGCAGCUGUUAGGAGUCUCUUAGCCUCUCAGGGAGUGCAUUUCUACUUCCUCUUCUUCCAAGGUGUCACCUUUCUUCUUGUGGGUCUCGAUCUCAUAGGCGAGCAGAUGAAAUGA